CCUGAAAUGUUCUCCAUUUUCAUAAUGUGGCUACAUUAAAAACAUAGUGUGGGUCUGUAGAUUUCCUUGGAAAAUUCUCAGGGGUAUGAAGAAGAAUUAAGCACAUGGAAUACUUUUCCUUGAGCCUUGAUGGAUAAGCUGCAGGUUUUACUUUUAAAGCAAGAAUACUUUCUUUUCUAGGUGAUUUCAGGUACUUGAGCUAUGUGGUAAAACAAGGUCUUCAACAAGCAUUUUUUUCUGUUUUGCAGGUUUUUUGUCUUUGUAUUAGCUCUUUUGCCUUCAGGGAAAAGUAUGGCAGACAAGAUUGGUGCUUAACAUCAAAAAUCAGUUGGAGAAUCCCACUGCUGCCUCUUUUGGGAAAGAGCAAGAAGGACAUCCAAGUAAAAAAGAAACAAGUUGGAGAACUUCGCAUUUUCCUUCCUCUUCCAGAAAAGCCAGCAAGCUGCCUGAGCUUUGUGGAAUUCACAUUAGUGAUGACGUUCUGAUAACUUGCAGCCACUCUGUCUCCUCACAGAGAACUUAGAACCAUGGAUUUUAUGGGCGCGUGCAGCAUAUCCUUCAGAUUACUUGCAAACAAGGUUUUCCCUCAACAAGCUGAUGACAGAAUAAUUUCUCCAGGUUGAUUGUUUGCCCCACAUGGUCCUCUGGAGAUCUUCAUACAAGCGGAGAGAAACAGAUCAAAAGGCUGCAAGAAAAAAAGAGGCAGAGGCUCAGAAUAUUUUCUGAAAAAGUUCUGCAGGGCAGAAGAGUUGAACACUUGUUCACAUGCAGGAGCACAGGAUACAUGGAGUACAGCUGACUCAACAGCUACAGGGGAUUUGGUCUCAUUUUCCUUGGAUGCUGUAGGCACCUCCUUAAUUCACAAAACAUCUUGGCACUUGAGACUUGAGCUAUGAAUGAGUCUUUGCCAGGUUUUGCAAUGGAACAGGUAUGGUUACUGCUCCUGCUGACGAUUAAAGUGCUUUCAGUGACUGCUCAGUUCAAUGGAUACAACUGUGAUGCUAACCUCCAUAGCAGGUUUCCUGCUGAACGAGAUAUCAAUGUUUUCUGUGGAGUACAGACAAUUACUAUGAAGAUAAAUUUUUGCACAGUUCUUUUCUCUGGUUAUUCUGAGACAGAUCUGGCACUGAAUGGGAAACAUGGGGAUGCCCACUGCAGGGGUUUCAUCAAUAACAACACCUUUCCAGCAGUAGUCAUUUUCAUCAUCAAUCUCAGUACUUUGGAAUCCUGUGGAAACACCUUAGUGGUAUCCUCAGCUCGAGGUAUCAAUGCUUAUGGAAAUACCUCAGUGGUGCAGAUAGGUAACGUUUCAGGCUAUAUUGAUACACCAGACCCACCAACGAUUAUCAGCUAUUUGCCUGGGCUUCUGUACAAAUUUAGCUGUAGCUAUCCACUGGAAUACUUGGUUAACAAUACCCAGCUUGCUUCGUCAUCAGCUGCUAUUUCUGUAAGAGAGAACAAUGGUACAUUUAUCAGCACUUUGAAUUUGUUGCUUUACAAUGAUUCAACCUACAGCCAGCAGCUCCUUAUCCCAAGUACAGGUUUGCCUUUGAAAACAAAAAUAUAUGCAGCUGUAAGAGCAACCAACCUUGAUGGCAGGUGGAAUGUUUUGAUGGACUACUGUUACACCACGCCAUCUGGUAAUCCUAGUGAUGAUCUUCGAUACGAUCUUUUUUUCAGUUGUGACAAGGACCCGCAGACAACUAUAAUUGAAAAUGGCAAGAGCCAAAUGGGUCGGUUUUCCUUCGAGGUGUUUCGCUUUGUGAAGCACAAGAACCAGAAGAUGUCUACGGUCUUCCUUCACUGUGUGACAAAACUGUGCCGAGCAGAUGACUGUCCCUUUCUUGUGCCAAUUUGCAGUAAUAGAGAAAGAAGAGACGCCGGUGGGAGGACAACUUGGAGCCCUCAGAGCACCUCUGGCAAUGCUGUAAUCUCUGCUGGCCCCAUCAUUACAAGGAGUGAUGAGACACCAACCAACAAUUCACUGCUUGCUCAUCCAAAUGGACCUCCUUUCCAGCUGAACUCAGUCACCAGUGCACUGAUUUCAGGUGUUGUCAUCCUAGGAAUCACAAGCAUUUUCUUUUUUGUAUGUUCCCUAAUGCUUUUGCAACGAAAGUGGCCCAACAGUUCAGUCUUGAGUGGCAUCCGAAAUCCAGUUUUCAACUGAAAGUGAUGAUUUACUUGCACUUUUCCUUUGGGGUUGCCUUUCUUGUCCAUGAAAUAUUGUUCCAUUAAAAAGUAAUAUUAAGGCAACACUCCAGCUGUAUCCAGCUUCUAUUCCAGCUAUUCUAUAUUUGUAGAUUUGCUAGAUGCUGUAGUGUAGGUAAGCAGCAGAGAUAUUGUUAAGAAUCUAGAAAAUUAUGAGGAUCUCAAUUGUGCUUGUGAUCAGACUAUAUGACAUUAUGCCCAUGGGCAUUGUGCUGACAAUAGAGCUCGUGUCUCCAGCUUCCCAGUAAGGUCUCAAAGCUGAAGGUGCUGAAGGUGAGAACCUUUCCAAGUAUGCCAAUCUUAUACAAAACCUGACAUAGUCAGAAACAUUCAUAAGUUCACAAACACCUACUAAGAUAAGCAUCACUUCUAUUUUGUUAUGGUAUUUUUCAUAAAUUUGAAAAUGAUUGCAUCUCAGGAGGAACUUGUUUUCAUCUAUCUUGGCUGAAAAUAACCCCAGAAAGACUUAGAAUAAGUGACUUGCUUAUUAUUAAUUUGGAAAUGUUUUCUUAGAUACAUCUUCCAUUGAAUUAUGGUAGUAUUGUGAGAAGGACAUAAUUUGGCCAGGUAUCUUUGAGCCAAAUUUCUUAGGGCAAACUGCAGUUGGUCCAAGGGAACAAUGCUGCAGUUUUUGAGGUGGAAAAAACUUAUUUCAGCAAAAUCAUUGAGUGAUGUUCAGUGAGAACUUUAAAUCUAACUAAUGUUCAGCAGAAAGUUGAUUCUGCACAGAAUUGCCACAUCUGCAGCCUUCAAAUUCUAACCCCAGGCACUGCUCCAACGGGAAAAAUAUUCCUUUCCUCUUGACUCCUUGAACAGGCAAGCUAAUACAAACAAUUAAUGCCCAAACUUUCCUCAUAAAAAAAAUAUUUUUGGAGCACAGUUUGGCAGUUGAGUAAAAUGCUAAUAUCCUAAUUAGUAAGGGCUAGUUUUGCCCUGUGAGUUUUGUUGUUCUCAGAUAAGGCUUUCGUUUCUACAUGAAGAGUUGUAGAUCAAAGCUUAUUUCUUUAGCAGAUUUUCUGCAUAGAUUAAACUUCUUCACUGCAUGGAUGGAGGGGAAGAGGGCAACUAGAAGGAUAACAGGCCACAGGCAGUACCAUGCUAUUGACUGUAGUUAAUCUGAUAAACAUCAGACUUACCUGAAGUGAAUGUGAGUGACCAGGUGCCCUCAAACAGCGGGAGCACAGGGCAGUGACAUAGCUCUAUAGAGCAGAUAAAAAUGCUGGUGCUAGAAAGGUCACCAUAGACACAAUAUAUAUUAAGCUGGACUGGGUAGACAGUUGGGAUUUUGAUCACAUGUACAGCAGGUAAAUUUCGUUUUUCAUGUACUGCACAUAUUGGCCUAGAAACACCUCAUGGAUAUUUAUCAUUAUUAUCAUUGAUGUGACACGCCUGCCUAAUGAUCAGGGCUCUUCGGCUCUCAAGACUAAAGACAAAUACAGACUCGUUCUCAGUUUUCUCUGGUCUUGCAAAUACUGUAUAAAGGCCUAUUGUUCAUGAAGUCCACUGUGCUGUAGUGUGGUAUCCCUAACAACCAAUACUGUGCCUGUUUUCCUCCAGUCUUAAUACCUCAGAAACAUUUUUGCA